UCACCUCGCUGCGGGAAGGGACCAGCGUCUGUCCUUGGUCCUGUAGCUCGCACUCCGGCCUGCAGCGAAGACGCCAAGCCCCCGGCGAUGGAGAGAGGGUGCGAUCUCGCGGAGACCCAGGCGCUUGCCCCGGAGCUGCAGGAGACCCAGCGGUGCGAGGAGUCCCUGCCUGAGGGGGACAGGAAAGAGAACGUGGUGCCAAAAGCAUUGAAGAGGAAGAUCUCAGUUGUGGCAGCCAGUAAGUGCAGUCCCCAGGCGAGCGUGGACAGUGAGGCUGGGAUUCCGGCCCGGAAGAGACGCUGGGGAACCAGUACGGUGGCUACGCAGAAGAAACCAUCCAUCAGCAUCACUACUGAGUCCCUGAAGAGUCUGAUCCCAGAGAUGAAGCCCCCGGUGGGUACAGGCCUUGCUCAGGGCCAGGAGGUGGUGGUAGAUCUCCACCCCGAUGAUGGACACCUGUCUGAGGAUGAGACGGAGCGAGUGGACGAAGAGGAUCCACAUGAUAAAGGCCUCAAGAUCCGCCGCACAGUCACCCAG